AUGGGUGAAGCAAAGGUUUUAGUUGAGAUAGAGCUGGAUAGAGACUUUCCAAAGCUUAUUGCCCUGGAUGAUAAACAAGGUAACAUCUUUCUUGUUAAUGUUGAGUAUACAUGGAUUCCAUCUAUGUGUGAGAGGUGUGGUAAUCUAGGGCACAAAGUGAAGAGAUGUUUCCUACCUUCUACAACUGCUCAGGUCGCUGCCCCUUCUAUAGACACAUGUUCUGAGGUCCCUGUAGUGGAUAUUGAUAUCCUUCAGCAAAAGGAUAAUGUUGACUCAUCUUCAGCAGCAAUCCAUCAAAAAGAAAUACAUCCCAAUGCAAAGCUCUCUCUUCCAACUCCAGAUUGUAGUGCCCCUGAGCCUUAG